UAAAAACGCCCCUUCCCUUCUUUACCUAUUCCAUACCCAUUCUUCUUUCUUUCUCUUUUAACCCCAACCAUUCCCCUUUCACUUAAGAGAGAAAAGGAGAGAAGAUGAGCAGACCGGGAGACUGGAACUGCAGGUCAUGCCAGCACCUCAACUUCCAGAGGAGGGACAUGUGCCAGCGCUGCGGGGACCCCAAGUCCGGCGGCGGUGGAUGUGACUUUGGAGCUCUGUUAAACGGCGGUGGAAGAGGCGGGUCUGGAUUCGGGUACGGCGGCUCCGAUGUGAGGCCCGGCGACUGGUAUUGCAGCAUAGGGAACUGUGGAGCCCACAACUUCGCAAGCAGGUCGAGCUGCUUCAAAUGUGGGGCGUUCAAAGACGACAUGUCGGCUGCAGCAGGAGGCUUCGACUUCGAUAUGCCGCGCUCUAGAGGACUGUCCCCUUUUGGUUUUGCCAAUCCCGCCGCCGCCGCCGCCGCCCGUACUGGUGCCUCCGCUUGGAAAUCCGGUGACUGGAUUUGCGCCAGGUCGGGAUGCAAUGAACAUAACUUUGCGAGCAGGAUGGAAUGCUUUAGAUGCAGUGCUCCAAAAGACUCGUACUAACAAAGCCAACGUCCUCCUUCAUCAAGUUUUGGGUAUGCUUCCAAAAGAGCAAAUUUGAAAGAGACUUCAUAGCCAGCACUAGCCUUCUUCUUUCUUUUAGUUUCUUUAGUUUUGUUAUUAUUAUUAUUUUUUGUAAGUUUAUCUUUUGUGGAUGAUGCUAUUUCAGUGAUGAAAAAUUGAGAUAUUCUCCAAAAAUCAAUCUUUAUUCUC